AUGACGUUGAGCGUGAAAGGUUUAUUCACUCAAAAACAAGACCUUGUUACUCAAAUUCAAUCAGAUCGCGAACGACGAAAGAAAGGUGAUGAACCAGUUUUAUUCACUGUUCAAGGACAAUCAACAACUGAAUUGAAUGGUCAAUUUGUUCAUUCUCAAAUCUUUAUCGAUGUUUUACUUCGUAUAAAACCAAAUCAAGUAGAUAAAGAUGAAUUUAUUGCUCGCUGCAAUAAAACAUUCAAAGAAAAUGAUAGUGAGUUGGCGAUUGUGAAGGAAUUCAAUAAAAAGUAUUCACCUGAUCGAGCUUUAUGGUGGUAUACAAGAGAAUCAUUCGUCUAUCGAAUGUUGAAUAAAGCACUUCGAGUACAAAAUACCGAUGUACUCUUUCUAUUUCGAUUCUUCAUUGUUGAUCUUCAACAACAGCUCAGUAACCAUCGAUGUUCUUCACCUGUUCGUCUUUAUCGAGGUCAAAUGAUGUCGAAAGAUGAAGUGCAAAUAUUAAGAAAUUCAAUCGGACAAUUUAUCUCGAUUAACUCAUUUCUUUCAACUAGUGUUGAUCGUUUUGUGGCUCUUAGAUUUCUGAAAGAUGAUUCCGAUGAUCUUGAACAAGUCUUAUUCGAAAUUGAUGCUGAUCCAUCUGUUAAGCCCGGUAUACGUUGUUGUGUAUAA